AUAUGAACAUAUUUUUACUGAACUAUUUCAUGAUAUCAGUUCUCCUUUCAAGGACGCAACAUACAAACGCUCUUAGACACAAUAGUCGAGGCAUCCACUCCAAUACAGUUUUCCGACGCCGGUGAAGCUAGAGCUCGCCGGCGUCGGAUUGUUCCUCUUCUUUCAUGCUUCUGUUCAUAUGGGAUAGUGUUCGCCUUGUUUUUACUUCCCGACCACCGUGACUUCACUGUAAAUUCAGAUCUGGUAGUCGGAGAUGGUUAUUCCGCCAUGCUCAUCUCACCCUCUUUCCGCCGGAUCUUUAAUUUGAUAUGGAGGUUGGAGAUUCUGCCUCCGUUUGGAGGGUUUGGGUUGCUCGCCGUCGCCGGAUAGAGUUCUCCUCUCUCGUCUUUAUAGAAAUCCGUAUCAAAGAUCCAGUUCCAUACUACCACAGUAGACCCCAGAUCCGGUGUCUUUGCUGUUCGGGCAAGGCUUCCGCCGGCUGCCUGAAAAGCUUUACCACCACCGUGGGAUAUCUCAGAUCCAUCAGAUCUAGUCAUCUCUCGGGUGUUUCCCGAAGAAUCUUAUUACCAUGUACCGCCGUUGAUAGCUUCUCUGAUUCCUCCUCCAGACCCACAAAUUUUUUGAACUGGUGUCGAAAAGCCUUACUCCGGUGUAUCGAUAUCAAUUUCUCUUCCGCCUCCUCAGCCAGAUCUACAGUUCUCGCGAGACCUUCUAAUGACUUCUGCCGACAAGGCAUUUCGCCUCCGUCGAGAAUCAUUGAGAACCUUCGAGAAGCUUCUCUCCUCGCAUCUAGGUUAGAUCAACUUUCCGGCAGCCGCCGUGAUCAUCGUAUGACCAAGCUUUGUCAAGCUUCGAAGGCAACUUGGGUCUGGUCCAUCAUUGUUUCUGGUUGGGCCUUUCAUGGUCCAUCAAACUUUGUGGACUUGAAGCCAUUAUGGCCCAGUAUUAGGGGGACAACGAUUAGGGCUCUUCUUAGCCGAUUUACAUUUUGUGCUUCUGCUGGCCCAUUAAUGUUUAUGGACUCAAAAUUACUCUGGUUAUGGACUAUUUAUGUUCUAUUGAAUUUUAGAGAUCCAAAUGUUAUUUGUUCUAAUGAAAAUAGAUCAAUUUCCUCAUACAAGACAUUUCAUAAUAACCUCCUCCUAUAAGGAGAGAAUU